AUGGACUUUCACGAUGAUGAGAUUCUGGAUGUGGUUCCUCUAUCAGUUAUUCCCUGCGAGGCCCUUGAUUUGAACCAUCCCAUGGAUGCAUCAGCUUCUACAUGCCCCAAUCAAGGUAACAGCUCUAGUAUCCCUUCUAGCUCAACUCAUGCCACUAGUUCUAAGGAAGAUAUAUACCACACUGAUCGUGUCAUAAGAAACCUAGUCACUAGAAUCCAUAAUAAAGGACAUUCUGUGAAGGGAGUCUCUACUCCCCUGUCUAAAGUGUACCCUUAUCCUGAGGUUGAACAACAUAGUGAGAAGAAUGACGAUUCCUCCAGUUUUGAGAAGGACAUGGUUGCUGAAGGUUUGUGCUCCCUAGGGAAAACUGUGUCUGGUAAAGGAAAAUAUGUGGCAUCUAAAACUGCCAAUGCUUCCCAUUCUGAGAAGCAUGAUGUUGCAAACGAUCCAAGUAUGGCUAAGCGUAUAAAGACUAGAAAAGGAAGAUCUGUGGCUGAACUGAUGUCAGCUAGAACAGCUAAGAAGGCUUCCUGUGUUGGUCCUUCCAAAUCUUGGAGCAAGGUUGAAGUGAAGAAGAGGAAGGUUAGAGAAGUUUCUGAGUCUGAAGAGGAUGUCGAGGAAGAUGUCCCAGACAUUUCUCCUGUGAAGAAGACCCCUGUGAAGAAGUCCCCUGUGAAAGUUAUUGUUGUGCAUUUGGAUAAUAUUUCUUUCCAUCUUGAGGAUGGAGCUGCCAAAUGGAAAUUUGUGAUUCAAAGAAGGGUGGUUGUGGAAAGGGAGUUAAGAAAGGAUGUUGUUGAAGUCAAGGAGGUCAUGGACCUGAUAAAGACUAUUGGGUUAAUGAAGACUGUGGUUGGGUUCUCUCAGUGCUAUGAGGGUUUAGUUAAGGAAUUCAUUAUCAACAUUCUUGAGGAUAUUGCUGAUAAGAACAGUAUGGAAUUUUGCAAAGUGUUUGUGAGAGGUAAGUGUAUCACAUUCUCUCCCACUGUCAUUAACAAUUUUCUGGGAAGAAGAGUUGAGGGUGCAAGUGAAUUGGAAGCUACAGACAAUGAGGUCUGUAGAGAAAUUACAGCAAGGCAGGUGAAAGGGUGGCCUAUUAAAAAGAACCUUCCUGCUGGGAAGUUGACUGUCAAGUAUGCAAUAUUGCAUAAAAUAGGAGCUGCAAAUUUGAACAUCUACCAUAGUUACCACGACGAUUAUGCUUCUGGCCUUGACCCUUAUUAUCUUGAGUAG